AGCAAUCCCUAUGCAUUAAAAGAGGGCAACACUGGAUCUGAUAUGUCCGCUUGGACCUCGGCAAGCCUGCAGCCCACCACUGGCUACUAUUCGUAUGAUCCGAUAGCCGCCUAUGGUUACGGCUCCAGCUACGACUUGGCAGCACGCCGCAAGAAUGCCACACGCGAGUCCACGGCCACCCUUAAAGCCUGGCUGAGCGAGCACAAGAAGAAUCCCUACCCCACCAAAGGUGAGAAGAUAAUGUUGGCCAUCAUUACGAAAAUGACGCUGACGCAGGUCUCUACGUGGUUCGCGAAUGCACGCCGACGGCUGAAGAAGGAAAAUAAAAUGACCUGGGAACCAAAGAAUAAAACAGACGAUGAUGAUGAUGCAAUGUUGUCGGAUGAUGAGAAGGAGAAGGAUGCCGACGAGGUUGAGAAACUGAAUGGCAGUGGUGGAGUUGGUGACGGUAUUGGUGUUGGUGGAGUCUACGGUGGCGGUGGUGGUGGAAAUGCAACGAUGGGCGUUGAAAUGCGAAAAGAUGAUCCUAUUGUCAAAUCUGAAAUGCUCGCCAAAGAAGACAAAGCAGAUGGCUGCUCCUUAGAUGAACCAAAGUAUGGCGAGAUACCCUCCCUACGCAGCAUGGGUGGCGGCGUGUACAGCUCGCCCUACGGCCAGCAUCCCAGCUACCAUCCCUACCAGCAGCAACACACCUCAGCCUACUACCAGCAACACCAGCAGCAGCAGCAGCAGCAGCAGCAGCAGCAGCAACAGCACGUGGCUGGCAUGGCGUACGGCCCACCCAGCCACAUGAGCGCAGCCGAUGAGUACAAUGCAUCAAAAAACCUGCUGCGUGCGGCGGACUGUGGUAUACCGCUCCCGGCGAGCAAACCCAAGAUCUGGAGUUUGGCAGACACAGUCGGCUGCAAGACACCACCGCCGCUACUGCCAGCACCGCCACCCACACUGCCGCCGCCGGCGUCGUCAAUGCAAAUGAGCACAUAUCAACAGCAACAACAACAACAACAGCAGCAACAGCAAGCGCUGAUGCAAAGUCGACAACAGUAUUACCAGCAGAUGCCGCCGCACUUGCAACAAAUCAGUCAACUCAAUCCACACAAUAUACUCAACAGCCACAGCAACAGCAGCAACAUGCAGCCAGCGCACAACAGCAGCAGCAGCAACAACAACAACAAUUCGACAUCGCUGAAUAUGAUGAGCGGCUACGUCGGCGCAUUGCCCUAUUCGCGCAUACCUACGGCGUACGCGGCAGCAGCAUCGGCAUCGGCUGGCAGCAACAGUCUCAGUUCCAGCAGCAGCCACAACAACAGCAACGGCAGUUUCCUCAAUCUCAGUAUCAGCAGCACUGGCAGCAACAACAGCAACCACAACGGCAGUACUGGCAGUGGCAGCAGUAAUGGCAGCGCCUCCACGCCACCCUCGAUGACGCAGGGUCCGCCACUUUUGACAGCGCACCAGUAUCAUCAGCUGCAACAGCAACAACAGCAGCAGCAACGUUUGGGUUUCGCCGAGAUACAGCCGGAUACACCGCCGCAGACGCCGCCCAACAUGAAAUUGGCGAACAGCAAUGGCGGCAUUGUGUUGAAUCAGCUUGCGCGCGGCACAUUGAUGGGGACGCCGACGAGCAGCGCGCCGGGCAUGUGCUACAGCAGUGGCGUCGGCAGUAACAAUGCUCACGGUGGAAACCAUGCGGCAUACGGCGGCAAUGGAGUGGGUAUCGGUGUUAACUAUGCAUUGGCGGCGGCGCGCGCUGAGGGUUGAGUAGAGGCAGAGUGAGAAAUUUGAUCGAUUAGCAUUGCGGCUUAAUGAUUAUUACAACGUUUUUAAUCAACACGCGCGCGCAACGGGACAUGUGCAACGCAAAAGUAGGCAGCAAGCGCAAUAAACAUUAAAAGUUCAUAGCUGACGGCGAGCCAACUGACAGCGGAAGCAAGCUGCGCUAGUUUUCAAUUAAAGUUUGAUGUAAAAAAUUUAUGCCGCUUAACCGCAAGCGGCCCAAGUGGCUGCCGACGCGCGCAAGUUAAUCGCGCUAAUUAUUUGGCAAUAAAAGUGUAAUUCGAGUAAGCGGCAAUAAAAAGUUUUUAUUGCAUUUAGCAAGCGCGCAAAAAGGUCGUGAGCGCGAGCGCGCGCGCGCGUCGUCUGCGUAAUACAACACGCGCGCGAUGAAAUCGAAAUAAAAAAAAGAAAAAUUUAAAAUACGCAAAACUGAAGACUCAAGGCAGGAACUCUUUGCGAGUGCGAAGAGGGUGGUUGUGGAAAAUUGCUGGCUAUUUGUUGUUGUUUUUUUUCGUACAAUUAGUAGUGCGCUUAUAAUAAUAAGCGUGCGAGUUAAAGCGCAUACGCAUAUGCCAUUAGUCAUGCAGAAGGUUUAAUGACUUUACACGGUAGCAGCGACAGCGACAGCGACAACA